CUUGAGCGAAGGGUAAAACCAAUCGCCCUUUCUCUUCCUCCUCCUCCAUUGGUAGCACUUGCCGCGCCCCCUCGGGCGUGCGUCGCUGUGCGGGAGGGGGAAGGGCGGGCGGCGGCGGGGAGCAGGUCAUUGUUUAUAAUGUAGCUGCAUCUGAAGAAAUACAAAGUGGCUUUGUGUCAUGCUGACUAACAACGUAGGGCAUCAUUUAAUGGUACAUCAAGCAAUGAUUCCAAGAAACCUGAAGCUGUUGCCUUACAUUUGUGGCAACAGAAUGUUUUCGGGUUACAAACCGAAAAGCAACAUCCAGGACUAUUACAAAAUUCUUGAGCUUGAGGAAGGAUGUUCCCUUGAUGAUAUCAGAAACUCGUAUCGAAGUCUUGCCAAAAGAUACCAUCCAGACAGCGGUUCUGCCACAGCCGAUUCUGAAGCAUUUAUGAAAGUAGAAGAAGCGUACAGAGUCGUGCUCAGUGAUGUGGCAAGCAAAAAGAAAUCGAAUGAGAGUAAUGAAGAGGAGGAAGACCCAUUCAAAUCAAAAGCACCACAGCAUAGACACUACCUGAGUUUUGAAGGUGUUGGUUUUGGAACACCAAGCCAAAGAGAAAAGCAGUACAUGCAAUUUCGAGUAGACCGUGCUACUGAACAAGUGUUGGAGUACCGGAAGCAGAGACUUGAAAGCCAGUAUGCUGUGACCGAUCUAAUGAAAGCCAAAGAUGUGAGGCAGAGCAAAAAGGUGAAAAUAACUCAGGCGGUUGAACGGUUGGUUGAGGACCUCAUCCAGGAAUCGAUGGCAAAAGGAGACUUUGACAACCUCAGCGGCAAAGGAAAACCUUUGCAGAAGUUUUCAGACUGUCCACAUGUCGAUCCUAUGACUCACAACUUGAACAGGAUUCUGAUAGACAACGGAUACCAGCCAGAGUGGAUCCUGAUGCAGAAAGAAAUACGGGAAACUAUUGAACGGUUAAGGAAGAGUAUAGUGGCAUCUAGAAGUACGCUUGGGGGCCCGAUGACACCAUAUAGGCAAAAGCAAUGGAAUCGUAUUUGUGAACAAUUUAUAGAAGACAUCAGGAAAUUAAACAAAAGAAUUGACAACUUCAAUUUAGUUGUUCCUAUUCUGAGCAGACAAAUGGUGCACUUCAGUGCAGACAAAGAAAUUGUUCGAGCACAAAAGACUUACGAAGCCUUGAUGGAAAACAGAGAGGCUUCUAAUUCAGACACAAAAGAAAAUGAAGAGGAAAACAUUAAAAGGUUUGGGUGGAAGUCUUCUCUGUUGAAGUGGUUAAACCUUACACUGAAAUAAGAUAAUACUAAUUCAUCUGUCUUGUCAAGAUUUUGAAUGCACUUUAUUACUGAAACUUGGAGCACUAGCAAAAUUUCGGGUACACUGAAAAUGUGAAAUCCAGCUGUCCACUGUUAUACCAGUUAAAAGAAAUUGGGUUGUCUGAUACGCAUUUGCAGAUGCUUAAUUGAUUUAUUUGUUAAUAUUGUUAAUGAACAAAUAAAUUCAGUUAUCCUCUUGCAGUUCAUUUUA